AUGGACAAUAUCUCAGCCGUUCCAAAAAAUGAAAGCGAAAGCGGUAUACGAACAUACACAUCAAAUGAAUCGCUGAAACAUGCUGAGGGAACAAAAAUCACUGAGGAAAUUCAGGAACAGGUCAUUGCUAAUCCGGAAGAAGUUGAUGAAGAUCAAGGGCCUCCUGAUUCUGAGCUUCACAAGUUUCUCGUUGCACUUGUUUGUGGAGUUGCACUCAUUUCUGAUGGAUAUUGUGCAAAUACAAUCGGUUCAGUGAUCACCAUUUUGCGCAAACUGUAUCCUAAAGAAACCGAACAUUCACAUGCACUUCAAAAGGUUGGUAUGAUUUCGUUUGUCGGCGUCAUUGUCGGCCAGCUGUCUUUCGGUUUCGUUUCUGACAGGAUCGGACGUAAGUACGGCAUGUUGAUUGCUACUGUCAUUCUCAUUGUUUCCACUGCCUUGUGUGCCGGUGCAUAUGGUCCUCAUGGAAGCAUCAGCGGAAUGAUCACCGUUCUCAUGGUAUUCCGGUUCUUCUUGGGUGUCGGCAUAGGAGCAGAGUCUCCGUGUGGCUCUGUAGCCGCUUCUGAGUCUUCUGCUGAAAUGAAAAGUGGGCAUCGUCAUGCAGUGUUUAUUGCAGUCACAAAUACAGCAAUUGAUGUUGGCUUUGUGCUCGGUGCGCUGGUUCCCUUCAUCCUUUGCCUCAUCUUUGGUGAUCAGCAUUUGCGCGUUGUUUGGAGACUUUCCAUCGGGUUGGGUGUCAUUGUCCCCAUUAUCUUGCUUUAUUAUCGGCUUCGCCUGAAAGAUUCUCAUUCGUAUACAAAAAACCGUCUGCAAUUUACAAAGGUCCCAUGGUUUUUCGUAAUUCGGCGGUAUGGACCACGUUUGCUCGUCGUUUCAUUAAUUUGGUUCGUGUACGACAUGUCGGCGUACGCAUUUGCUCUUUACUCUAGCACCAUCAUUGCUCGUGUGCUACCGAGUAACGCUACGAUGGCACAGACAUUUGGUUGGUCAACAUUAAUUAGCAGUUUUAAUCUCCCGGGCACUAUUUUCGGUGCCUUUGGUUCCGAUUUCCUUGGACCCAAGUAUUGUCUGAUUACGGGUCUUGUGCUUCAAAGUGUUGUUGGUUUCUUGCUGUCCGGCUUCUUUCCCAGUCUCGUUAAACACCUUGCUGGAUUCUGUGUUCUUUAUGGACUGUUUCUGACGCUUGGCGAGUUUGGACCCGGUAACAAUGUUGGUGUUCUCGCAUCAAAAACGUGUCCGGCCGCCUUCCGGGGUCUUUACUAUGGAAUUGCAGCCGCUAUCGGAAAGUGUGGUGCUGCAGCGGGUGUUUAUGCGUUUGGCGGAAAUGCUGUCCGUACCUACUUCUUCAUCGCUAGCGGCAUGUCGCUUGGUGUCGCUAUUUUAGCGCUGUUCCUCGUACCUAAGGUUCAACAGUCCUGUAUUCAAGACGAGGACGCUAAAUUCGCACAGCUGGUCAAGGAUCGCGGGUAUGAUGUGUUUGAGUUUUCUAAGCCUGUGCAAUUGUCAGACACUAAACAAAACUAA